AUAUAUUUUCACAAAUAUAGCUCUUCAUAACAAACUCUAGAAUAUUUGAUUGGUAAGAAAUUGUGAGUUUGUGAACCUUUAAAAACUGUUGUGGACAAUAGUGGGGUUAUUCAACUGUUGUGUAAGAGAGAGAGUGCUGGGUGCAUUUGUGACUCACAGUGGCUGUAUCCAUUGUUUUCCGUCUGUUUUCAUCUUCUCUUUAGUGGUGCUCUCCCUGCAGUGUAUCUGUGGAAAACUCGACUUACGCAAUGUCACAUUGCAUAACGGCAGCAUAGCGCAAUUCUGCCAUACCAUCUAUGAAAAGGAAUGUGUCCUAGAAUUAUAAAGCGGCUUAGCCCGUGAAUUUUGUCAGCUUCAUUAAAUUAUUCACGCGCUGCAAUGGGUACAGACAGGCUCUUACCCUCUGGAGCAGAGAAUUGAUGUUUGGAAAUUGAGAAAUCCUUUUGUGUUUGCCUAUCACAGUGUUUUUAAAAAGAUGGGAGGGCAGAGUCUACUUUCGUUAGUUAUCAUUUCUCGUGGAGUGGGUGGCGGGAUUCACAUAGUCGUGUCGAAUUUGAAUUGCCACUUUUGCAUUUUCAGUGAGCAAAAACUUCAGAGCUGCAUUUGAUAUUGUACAGUACAUGUGAUAAAGGUUUCUGUUGGUGUAGCCAUCAAGCAUGAAGUGGAAUUUGUUUAAGAAGAAGCCUGAGGCUAUGGUGGGCCCCGAGCCCACCGGCGCCAGCGCCUUGACUAUGGCUCCGACCGUCUUCACACCCACAGAUAACUCUACCGAGCAUCAGGGCCCAGUCAGCAAGAAUGACGUCUUUGGUGACAUCAAAAACAAGUUCCUCAAUGAGAUGGACAAGCUGCCACUGCCUCCCUGGGCCAUCAUUGCCAUCGCUAUUGUAGCGGUGGUCCUGAUCCUCACCUGCUGUUUCUGCAUCGUUAAAAAGACCUGCCUUAAGAAGAAAAAAGGCAAGAAGGGAAAGAAAGGCAAAGGAGACAUGGGAAUGAAGAACAUGAAGGAAGGAGAGAAACAGGACGAUGACGAUGAAGAAGAUAUAGACAUGGGAAUAACUGAGGAGAAAGAGGAAGAACCCAAAGAGAAGGAGAAGCUGGGAAAACUGCAGUUCUCCUUAGAUUAUGACUUCUCUGACAACAAGCUGUCAGUGGGUAUCCUGCAAGCCGCAGAUCUACUCUCAAUGGACAGCGGAGGCACCUCUGACCCGUACGUCAAAGUUUUCAUUCUCCCAGACAAGAAGAAGAAGUUUGACACCAAGGUGCACAAGAAAACCCUCAACCCUGUCUUCAAUGAAACUUUCCACUUUAAGAUUCCGUUCGCUGAAAUGGGUGGGAAGACUCUGGUCAUGUCCGUCUACGACUUUGACCGUUUCUCGAAGCACGACGUGAUAGGCGAGGUGAAGAUUGCUAUGAACAAGGUGGACCUGGCCCAGCCCAUCGAGCAGUGGAGAGACCUGGAUAGUGCUGAGAAAGAAGAGCCUGAAAAACUUGGAGAUAUCUGCAUCUCUCUGCGCUACGUACCUACAGCUGGAAAACUCACCAUCUGCAUCCUGGAAGCUAAAAACCUGAAAAAGAUGGAUGUUGGAGGACUCUCAGAUCCCUACGUGAAGAUUCACCUUCUACAAAACGGUAAGCGGCUUAAGAAGAAGAAGACCACAGUGAAGAAGAACACGCUGAAUCCCUACUACAACGAAUCCUUCAGCUUUGAGAUUCCACAGGACCAGAUGCAGAAAAUCCAAGCCGUGGUCACAGUGCUCGACUACGACAAGAUCGGCAAGAACGACGCUAUCGGGAAGAUCUGGGUGAGCAGCAAAGCGCAGGGAACUGCGCUAAAACACUGGUCCGACAUGCUGGCCAACCCCCGCCGGCCCAUCGCCCAAUGGCAUCAGCUCAAACCAGAGGAGGACGUAGAUGCUGAGUUAGCAGCCCUCAAUGCCAAGAAGUAAUCCUGCCACUUCUCCUUCCUUCCUUCCCUCCCCGCCCCUCCCUCUCUCUCACUUUUCCUUUCUUUCACUUGCAUAACACGUCAUCUCAACCAAUCAGCACUGAAUAACAGCCGUAGGCUAUCGGACUAGAGACUUAAGGUAUUAGAAGAACACAAAUCAAGAUAGCGGAUCAGGGUUGUGUCUGAUCCAGCUAGGAAGCUGAACAAAGACUGUUUCGACUACUAUCCAUGUUCUUCGAGAAAAACCCGAUCUCUGAGGGUCCUUUGGGGAACAACACAGGGUUUAAUUCCAGAGGAGAUGCGAGCUCACGUUUCAGCACAUUUACACUCGAGCAUCCAACUGAUCAUUCCAAAUAUUUUGCAUCGGUGACCAGGGAUAGAAAACACUGCCUCUUCCACUGCCUAAUUUGAACACAUUUCUUCUAGAUUCUCUGGUCAUCUAGAGUUCUGUUACGUUCGAGUCUGAAAGGACAGUGAGGAAUGAUUCGUCAUAAUGAAUAUAAAAAAUAAACGCAGCAAACAUUGGGAAAUGGAGAGAUGGUUGGACUAGAUGCUCCUGACCCAUUGAGAAGGAAUUUUUCAGGGGUCGUCGAUUACACUGCCUGCAAACCUUUUCUUCCAUCCUUCAGUUCGAACGGUCAGCCGGAUGGCUGACAUCCUAACAAAACCCUGACAAAAAGGAGACAAGCCUUCAAACAUCAUGAUAUAAGCAAUUCUUAGCUGCCAGGGACGUCUUCCUGUUAGCGUCAGUGUUUUAAUCCUUUGCUUUGAUUCGUUGUAUGUAAUGUCUUCUGCCUGAGCACUUUAAAUGGAAGUGUGUUUUUGUUGUUGACAGUAUUUUCACUCGCGUUUGGGAGGUUGUUGCUCUGAUUCGUGUUUUUGAUGAUCCGGACCAAGUCGCUAUGAAAUCAUUUUGCGUUUAAUUCGAUUUUUGUUUCACACCAGAAGUUGAGGAAGGCAGGUCAUGACUGAGGGCGACGUGACAUGUGUAUUUACUACACAACUUACCAAACCGCUGAACCUAUUUGCACUACAUUCUGUAGAUGUUGUACUUUUGUGAUGGUGGAUUCUUGAUUCCAGUUGUCCGAAUUUGCAUAGGUUUAAAAAAGGGAACUUCAUCUGAAUCAGCUCUUGACGGCGCAAGUAAUUGUUGAGAUAUUAAUAUAAUUUUGCUGAUGAGCCACGCAGAACUAAAUCUUCAGGCGAAUGAUCCUCAUACUCCCCGGAGAAACUCAGCUGGCGAUGAUGAUACCUUGGGAUAAUUUUUCAAUUAUCAACCAGUUUAGAAAAUUGCAAGCCUGAAUCUUAUCAAGAUAUUUUUAUGCCGCAUCAUUUAUUGCGUGUAGACUUUUAAAUUAGGCCAAUUGCGACAGGCAUAGAUUUCCAAGUGUGAAUUUAAAGGACGGAUUGAAGGUUUGUGUACUCACAAUGCUUUGACCCAAGGUAAACAACUCAUUGUCAAAUGAAAAUUUCACUCUAGUGCUACAAAAUGCGUCUUGUUGUGGCAUGUUCAGCUUGUUUCAAAAGUUAAUUUACGUAGAGAUGCACCGAUACUACAUUUCUCCACCGAUAUGGUUAUUCAGAGUGAUAUCUGCCGAUACCGAUUCUAAAGAUUGAAUUAAUAUUUCUUAACUUUCUAAAUGUUAUUAAUUCAUAUAAAUACUAUUAAUAUUGAAAACUGGUGAUGUUUCCUAACAUUUUCUAUAUACAGAGCACAAAUGUAUUGCAUUUUUCUGUCCUCUUUUGAUUGACAGGACAUAGCUGCCCUGAUCAUCGGCUUUUAUCAACCAAAUCCAAUUAUUGGCUGCUACAGUAUAUCGGUGCAUCUCUAAUUCUUAAUCCAACUUCUAGAGUUAAAAUUGAGUCUGUCAUCAUGUAAUUCAAAGCCUGUAAUAUGUUCUGUAUUGGAACAAGAUUUGAAAGUCAUUUUUCCUUGACAAUCACCCCCUUUGCCACGUUAUGGAGUAUUUGUGGUUGGGGUGGGGUUAGGGGCUAAACAAAAUAAAAAAAUGUAAUAGGAUAUAUAAACUAAAAUACUCUUAAAUAUAAAAUACAGAGGCUUCUCCGAGCUGGGUUUGGUAAUGCUUUGGUAAUGCACAGAGGACAAAACCGCUACAGCAACGUGACCCACGCGAGACCGCCGUGUCUAAAAACAAGUCGCAUUCAGUUGCAAUAACUUGUUUUACUAAGCUGAUUCUAAAAUAACAGGUACUUCCAACCACAUUCAGAUUUUGAAAUUAAGUUUCUUCGCAAGAUUUACAAACGUUUAGUUAUUUAUCGCUGCUUAGACGACUUUGGUUUGUUUUACUGGUAAUAUUGAAACACGUCAUUUAGAGAUCAACUUCUGCGUUAACUCUUUCAAUGUGAGUUAAUUCUACACAACUCUGUCUUUUAUUAAAAAAGAAAAAAACGAAUACAAAGAAAUCGUAAAUUGCAAUUAACAACCCCCCUCCCCAAACCCGUAAGAGUGUAGUUUUAACUAUAUAUAUGCAUAGUUCCUACUUUAUAAUACUGCAUGUUACAAUAAAAAGAUUAGCAUGUUUCAGAGAUGAAGCGAAAAUAUAUUGUGUAGGUGUUCUUUGUCAUUUUAAUAACAAAAAGGAGGGGGGCUGGCUUAAGAUACUGUGUAUAUUUUCUAAUUAAAUCAAAUAUGUAUUUAUUUUCUGUGAGUGGGUACUGGAGAGAUCAUGAACUAAACUAGACUAAACUUCAUUUUCAGAUUCAAUCCAUGCCUGAACAUCAAGAGCAAAUAUGUUAAGUGCUUCGUGUGAACUAAUGUAGAGUGAAAACGUAGCCGCAUGCUUGCCGUCUACUAAUAUUGUUAAAAAUGUUAAUGUAUUAAUUUACUUUUCAAAAUGCUUUUUCUUAUUUUUAGAGUAAUAUUUCUAUGUCUUUUCGUCAGAAUAUGUUUGUGGGAAGUAAAAACUUCCAUCGGGGGCUCCAAGUCUAAAUAUUCCCUGCCCCCAUGUUAUGAUGUCACACAGAAUCGUUAUAAAAGUUAUAAUGUUUGCCUUUUUUUUUCUCCACAUUUUAUUUAUAAUUUGUAUCCUUUUCACUAUCAGUGCCAAUAAGAAUAAGUCACGUUUACUGCCAUUUUAACUGACUUAACGUCAUUCUUGCGUGAUUUUUUCGGACCAACUGAUUUUUACCUUGGCGACCAAGUCGCCAAAGCACAAUAGCACCAAUCGCAUCAUCGAAAACUUGGAGUCCCCAUUGUUUUCUAAAAGCUUUUAUUUCAGAAAAUUUUACAUAACAACAGCGUUUAACUAGCCAAUAAACAGUAAGUUUGUGUGUGCGAAUGUGAAUAAGAUAAAGCCAUAAGAAUUGAGCUAAAUCUUUGAAGCUCAGCUAUAUAGAUGUACUUAAAAUAACCCUGAAAAUGUCUCCUCCUUUCAUACUGUAGGCCUAUGUAUCUCCUCAACAUUCCAUUCAAGUCUGUGAUGCUAUAGGGAGCCACACAUUCUUAAAGAUAUGCUCAUUUGAGUAUUAUUGGCGGUUUUACUUGCAAUAACCAGUCUCUCUUUAUUAUGUGUCUUUUUAAUGUUUUUAUAUUAUUUGUUUCAUUCUAUGUUGAGUUUUGUAAAUGCCUAGAUUUAACACAGUCUACUAGGGACAUCUGUACUGUAUGAACGUACACGUGUGGUCAGUCUAGUUGUUGCCAUUCCACUGUGUAUGUUCACACAUGCAUUUUUGGGUAAAGGGCAAUUUAAAAGGGCAGUUUAUAUUCAUGGUAAUAUACAAUCCAUUAAAGUUGCAAUCUGUAAUGUUAUGCUACUAUAUCGCCAUCUAUGUUUGAAACAUAGAACUGCAGGUUACUUUACAUACUCAUUCUUAUGUGGGUUGAAGUAAUCUCAAACUGACAUUUCUGCAAAAAUCCGACCCGACCGCUCUAAUAUAACCAUGAAAAAUUACAGAUUGCAUCUUUAAUGUGUAGACGGUUUCUAUGUAUGUAGAAACGUAAACAACGUUUUGUGCCCCAAACUCAACUUCAGGUAGACAUCCGCAAAGAAUCAGAUUUUUAUUUAUUUAAUACAAUUAAUAUGCCAUAAAAUAUUAAAAUAAAGUAUAUAUAUAUCUAUAUAUCUAUAUUAAAUAUUUAAUUGUUAUAUUACUACCAACUAGCAAGACCAGUAACCAAGCACAGACUAGAAGUAAGCUUCAGGCCAGGCACAUGCAACCGUUAAAUCGUCUAAAGAGUAACUUUUUAAAAUAUUAAUUAAAUUAAUUAUAAUAAUAAUAACAACAACAAUAAUAACAUAAAUUGACAUAGAUAAAUUAGCUAGAAAAUAUAAUAGAAAUUAAAACCUCAAACAGUGGAUGCUGCUAAUCGGACAUAAAUUGAUUGAUCUAUUUAAUUUAAUAUUUAUUUAUUUAUUUAUUUGUUUGUUUGUUUUUAAACAAUUUAAACUCGAAUACUAAGAAAUUAAGCAGAAAUGUGCAGAGUCUAAGUCCACUUAAUGUCAGUCAGCAAGAAGAGAAAGUUAUUUGGGCUUGAGUGCGUAUGAAAGUGUGUGAAUUUAAUCGACAAUGCAUAGCCCCUUUAAUAAAUAUUCAUUUGUUGUGAGUAGAGCACUGCCAUUCUGCCUAUAGGGCAGAGUGCACAAUAAAAUAUUAUUUCAAACAUUCCUUACUGUUAACCACAGAGUGGCUAUACUUGCGGGUCAAUACAUUGCGAGCAGACAAUAAAACCGAUGCUGGGAUAGUUUCGAGAGAUGGAUAAAGCCCACAACUGCCUGCCAAUGUAUAAAUCAGCAUGCAAACGCAAGUCUGUGGUCUGUACUCUUGCUCAGUGAGUGUUUAUUCUGUUGUGUUGAUGAAUGAAAGAUUGUUCAAACACCCACAGCAGAGAUAUCUUUACAUUUUUGUUUAUUUCUAUAUUAGCCAGCCAGAAACAAAACAAGCAAAUGAGGGGAUGCCUUCAUGCCUGCUUUUGCGAAUCAUAUAUCUAGACAAAUGCUCUGGGGGCCAAAAGAAUCAAAAUCUUGCCAUUGUAUUAUUUCUAUUUCCUUUUAUUGUGCACUUUUCAUAUCUCAUAUAUGGAGUCAUAAAAAUGAUAUUUUUUUUCUAUUUGUGAAGGUUUAGUUUUUAAGUCAGUGGGAGACUGUAAGGGUUUGUUUGUACCUGUUUUAGUGUUGUUGUAUGUGCGCGUUUGCGUUGCGUGUUCAUGUCUGUAUCGUCGUGCCUAGUGUGGAUCAAUCGCAUGCUUUAGCCCCUGACGGGACACUUUGAGAAUACGUUGCUCACAGACUCUUCCCAUGAUCCCUAAUGGACGGUACAUGAGCAUCAGCAAUCCUUGUGAAGACGUCAAGGGAACCAAAUAGCUCUUCGGAUUUAUCAUAUGUGUUACCAGCUCUGUACUGAAACAAAUGAUAAAAUAAAGGCCUUUAAAUACACUUA